CUCACUUUGGGGUUGUGCACACACAAGGCACAGGUUCGCCUUCUUUCGCCUUUCUUCUACAGAAAAGCAGAGAACGGAAGACGAGUAUAACAUCAUUACUUUAAUGCAGAUUGUUUAGGGAUGCGAUCAAUGAUGCUCUUGUCUCUGCUACUGUGUGCCAUCUGUCCCUUUGUCCUGCUGUCCUCUGCUGUCCCUGCACCAGGAACAGAUGAAACCAGCAUCUUGAAAGUUACGAUCCCUGACAGCCCUUCUGUGUCAGCCGUUUUGGGAGGAUCCUUAACUCUUCAGUGCCUUGUGUCACUGCCACCUGUGUCCUUUACGGGCCGCCUUGCUGGGCACCCACGGAUAAAGUGGAGCAUGCUGUCCUCUGGACGAGAGAAUGAGAUUCUGGUGGCACGAGGGGAGAGAGUAAAAAUCAGUGAGCCUUAUAAAGGUCGGGCCUCUUUGCCGAACUAUGCCUCAUCUUCAAAUGAUCUUACUCUCCAGCUGGACAGCCUAAGGCACAACGAUACAGGAUUCUACCGCUGUGAGGUCCAGCAGGGAUUGGAGGACGCUCAUGAUCUUGCUCAGAUCAAAGUAAAAGGCGUUGUGUUUCACUAUCGGCAUGCCUCUAGCCGCUACGCAUUCUCUUUUGGUGAAGCCAAGGAUGCAUGUGAAGAUAUUGGAGCCCAGAUUGCCACUCCAGACCAGCUUCUGGCAGCAUACCACAGUGGCUAUGAGCAGUGUGAUGCUGGCUGGUUAGCAGAUGGAUCUGUCAGAUAUCCUAUCCAUAUGCCGCGUGAGGGCUGUUUCGGCGAUAUGGAUGGCCUGCCAGGUGUCCGCAGCUAUGGCAUGAUGGAGCAUGACGAGCUUUAUGAUGUUUAUUGCUACAUUGAGAACAUCCAGGGCAAAGUGUUCUACGGAUCUACCUCACAGCGCUUGACAUUAGCCGAGGCUAAAGUAUAUUGUGAGCAACAGGGUGCACAAUUAGCCAGCACAAGUCAGCUUUAUGCUGCAUGGAAUGAUGGUCUUGAUCACUGUAGCCCAGGUUGGCUAGCUGAUGGUAGUGUACGCUAUCCUAUUGUGCACCCACGAGAGAGGUGUGGAGGCCCUGAACCUGGCGUUAAAACAGUCUACCGCUACAACAAUCAGACAGGCUUUCCAGCUCCUCACACUCGCUAUGAUGCCUACUGCUUCAGAGCAAACCCUAAUUAUCAAACUGUCAACCCCUUCGAUGACUUGCUCCCAGAAACAGACGAUGUUGCCCAGGACAUUGUGACAUUAGCUGACACAGAAGAGGAGUUCAGUCAAGGUCAUGUGACACAGAAGACUGAAAAUGAGGCUCAAGGGGCUGUUGAGAUUUUCUCUUUCUCCAGCAAACACACAGCUAAGACAGAGGAGCAUGACCCUACACCAUCCACAUUUGAUCAAAUUUAUACAACCGCUGCUAGCAGAAAUAUCCUCACCACUCCAACAAUUUAUGGACAGAAACCUGAGCCGACUCAGAGCUCCUGGCAAGAAAUGCCUUCGGAGCAUGUCGACUCUGAAGCAGUGCCAAAGAUACACCUGGAGCCCAGCUGGACUCUGCCAAAGUCAGCAGAAGACCAAGAUGAAGAGAAUCAUAAAGCCACUUCAGGAGAGAAGCCUGACAAUCACACAGACUAUCAGUCAAUGCCAGAUACCAAACUGGAGCCAGUGGAAGUGGAAUACAAAGCAUUUUCAGAAAGUAAAUCAAACACCACAGCUAACAACUCUGAGCCACUGUAUGAGUUUAGUGAGUUUGAAGGAUCUAAAUCCCUGCCUGAGACCAACCUUGAUGAUCAAGAUGAAAGCCAUGUGGAUGAGCAUACAACUGUUGUGAAAGCACAAGCAGGUAAUAUCACUGUGGCACAGGAAUUAAAACUAGACCUCCAAACUCAGACCAGUUACUCAGAAACAACCGAGGGCUCUGGAAGUGAACUAACUACAGAAUUCACAGAGAAGAUUACCCCCAAUGUCACUUUAAGUCAAGGUUCUUAUAAAUAUUCUUCAUCUAACACCACUACCACUAAGGGUUCCUUGCUGGAAGCUCUAAGUCGGCCUACACUGAGCUUUGAGCAAAGUCACGAGCAGUCUCUUUUAACACCCACUUCCAGUACUACAGAAAUGGAGCAAGAAACAGCACAUCCUUCAGUUGAAUCUCUUCAGUUUACUUCAGUAGAGUCUCUUGGUUCAGCCGAUAAUGACAGUGAUCAUGAGUCAGGUGUGACUGCAACACCUGUACAUUUAUCUGAAAACCAAACAGAGCCCAUUGAAGGUUCUGGCGAUGAUGACAAUAUGUUAAUGUUAACUCAUCUAUCCACAUCUGCACCUCAUGUGUUGGGCACACCAAUUACCCAAAAGCCAAGAACUGUGGAGGCUAGUCUACCUCAGGAGGUGAAAUCUGUCGUUCCAGAGAGCAGUACUUUGUCUGUCCUCAGCAUCAUAAAGGAGGAGGUGAAGCAGUUUGAGCAGGACAGUAUGGAAAAUGUGCCUGUUCUUCGACCGACACCGACAACUCCACUGACUGAAUCCAUGACAGGCUCAGUUAAAGACAACAUUAGCCAUGACGAUAACUUAUCAGGAACAGAAAUCUCUUCUGAAGCAAGGUCUUUAGUAACAGACGUCCCACUUGCCACUCCCAAUGCCACUCCCAUCAUACCCUUUAACUCCACAGACCUGCUUCUCCUGAACACCACAGAGGUUAAUGAUACUGAAAAUAGUUCCAGUCCCACUCAUUUUGCUGUGGAGGUUACACUGAUCCCAGAUAUCACCCUAACACCAAUCUGGGACACCAUGACCACUCCUACUCCACCACAGGAGUUCAGGGCAGAUGUUGAGAUCAGUGGUGAAACACCAGGAACCACAGAUGACCCAGACUCCUCAAUCGAGUCAGACCCUACUUUAGUUCCCAUCACUGAAAACCCUGAGGAAACACAGAGUCUGACCUCUUCUACGUCAACCAAUGAGAACAAACGUGAAGACCAGGACACCAUUCCCACAACAGGACCUCCAAACAGCAAGCAAGAGGAUAAACUGACCACCCUGACAAACCAUAUAACCCUGCCUCCUAGACCAGCAGAGAGAAUGCUAGACAGAACAGGAAUAUCAGAUGGCUGUUUGGAGAAUCCAUGUGCUAAUGGAGGCACCUGUAUAGAUGUCGGUAGUAGCAUCAAAUGCCUAUGUCUGCCAACAUAUGGGGGAGAAUUCUGCCAAAUUGAUUUGGAGCAGUGUGAACCAGGCUGGGAAAAAUUCCAAGGCAACUGUUAUAAACACUUUUCAAAACGUCAGAGCUGGGAGGUGGCAGAGCAGCACUGUAGGAUGUCUGGCGGUCACCUGGUCUCUGUCAUGUCACCUGAAGAGCAAUAUUUUAUUAACCAUAAGUACAGGGAGUACCAGUGGACUGGUCUUAAUGACAGGACCAUUGAGGGUGAUUUCCGCUGGUCUGAUGGAAACCCGCUGCUGUAUGAAAACUGGUAUCGUGGUCAGCCUGAUAGUUAUUUCCUAUCUGGAGAGGACUGUGUGGUGAUGGUAUGGCAUGAUGAUGGCCGCUGGAGUGAUGUGCCAUGCAACUACCAUCUGUCCUAUACUUGCAAAAAAGGCACCACCGUAUGUGGCCUGCCACCUCUUGUCCUGAAUGCUAAGCAGUUUGGUGAACGACAAGCUCGAUAUGCGAUUAACGCUCAGGUGCGUUACCACUGUGAGGAGGGUUUCCUUCAGAGACACAACCCCAUUAUCAGAUGCCAAAGCAAUGGACGGUGGGAGGAGCCACAGAUCACCUGUACACCACAAACGGUGGAAUUAAGUAGUAAACAAGUUACAUUGCCCUCUGCAAAGAAGCAAGAAGCCACAGAAAAAGUAAAACCACGCUGGUGGAGCUUUUAAACCAACCAGCCUCUGCAUUUUCUUUUUAUAAGUUUCAUGACCUUUCCUUUAGGGGACCUGCAUUGUUCAUCAUUUAUAUUGUCAAUGUUUCAAGCAAAAAUGCCUUUUCGCAUCACACCUGCUUUGUUCUACUCCAGUCAUCAGCUUCUUUCUUACCUUUUGUUCUGUAGAAUAUGACACUGAAUUACAUAUUUUGUAAUUCUAUGACACAAAGAAAACAUGAUUUUCACCCAAUCAUUAAGUAAAUACAAAUCACAGUUUCCAAACAACAGAGGUACAUAUUAAAGCACUAGCAAAAUUUAAAAUGCUAUUUAACCUCAGCUGGUCUGAAUUAAACUGAUGCCACUGUCUCUUAAACACUUUGUUUCAUCCUGCUGAAAGUUCCCAUUACUGCCACCAGUAGGCAGGGCGACAUAGCGAGGGUGAAUGGAGCACAGAGUGAAAACUUCCCAUUGCUAAAAAAAAACUGGUGAGAAAUUAAAAAUGUAACAGCUUCUUUCUAGUGGCCUAGCCUUAAUCACAAAAACAUUUAUUUAUUAUGGGUCUUUGGCUGUUAAUUCGUCACAUAAAAAAAAAAAAAAAAAAAAAAAAAAACAUCAGAUGGGAUUAAAUAAAGUGCACAGAUUUCGCAUUUAAUCUAAGUAAAUGUGGAGAAAAAAAGGUUAGCAGUGGCAGGCCAUGGCUUACUUCAUCUAAAGAAUGAAGCAGUGGAAAUGAGAUUAAAAAUGCUCUCUGGCAGCUGUCAUUCUGACAUUUGCACACAGUAAAACCUGUGCUCCUUAGCCAUGCAGUAUACAUUUAUAAUCAACCAUUCACUUGGUUAAAUCUCUGAUAAGAAUGCAUCAAAUCAGGCCUAUGGAUUCCCAGAAAACAUGUUAGUUUUAGUGUCUUGUACAUCUCUUAAUUGGGAGCCUCUAUUUUACAGUACCAAAAAAAUGGCUUGAUAUUUCAGUAUACAAGUCAACAAUAAGUCAAUUUAUUUAACAAUUUAUUGGCUAUUGAAGAAUCAUACACCAUUAAUUGCAGUAAGAUUGUUUUAUUGUGCCUGGCUGUGAAACACAAGCUUUACAUUUUCACAUAAUUUGGUGCUCAGUAUUUUAGGUCUCUUAUUUUCUCUUGAGAAUAAUCUAUACUUUAUAGAAGCUGUUUUUACCAUCGUAUGAAAUAACGAUGUUUUUACAGACCUAAAUAACGUAUUUCUUCAUUCCACUUUUUGGUGUCAUUUCAUUCAGAUGAAGUGUACACUUUUUUGAGGAAUAAUGAUUAAUUGUUGUUUAGAAACAUUAAUAAAUUCUACUCAAAAUUAGAUUCAUAACACAAAAAUCUGCAAAUUUGUCUUAUUUAGUAUAAGAUUCACUAUUCUUACUAAAUAUGGGAAAAUAACAUCUAGUAACAUUAGUUUUUAGGAUUUAUUUAAAAUAUAAAAUUAACACUAGUUUAAUGUAUGUUACUAAAUUGGCUAUCAAGCAUAGAUCUGUGAAUGUGUUACUAAUACACUAAUUAGUGCCACAAGUUCCCUCAUUUAGAUUUGUGGAGCACUUUACUGAUUUUAUACACAAAUCUUUUGUGGUAAUUUAUUUUGCGGCUUGUUUUUUUUUCCAUUGGAAAAUGUAGUUGGAAUAGACCCUGAAGAACUUAAACGAAAACUACUAAUGUAACAAGAAUUGUCAUAAACAUUUUUUAUUUAUCUGCUUAUUAUGAUGCGCUUAUGUUUGUUUUUUUGUUUUUUUUUAAGUCAAGAUAUCUGAUAUUAUGGUGCCAUACUGCUAAAUUUGUAGGAUUCUUUAACUGUUAUGGAGUUUUAUAAAAAAAAAAAAAAGUAUGAUGAAAAUAAAUUUUACUAACAG